UCUGUUUGGAACGGCGGGCGGAGAGAGCACGAGAGGGAAGCAGUUUUCAAAACAACGUCUCUGCAGUGAGACGCACGGAGCGUGGCUGAUCGUGUGCGUGUCUGUACUACUACACCGAUUUAUACACACACACACAAAUAUAUAUAUAUAUACAAGUAACACAUAUAUGUAUACAUAUAUACAUACUAACAACAGAGAGCAACUAGAUUGAUACAGGCCAUACCUAUAUAGCAACAGUAGUAGUACAAAAGUAUAAAUUCAUAUAGAUAAACAAAGGAGUGUUGUUAUUGUUGUUUGGUAACGAAGUUUAAAAAUCAGUAACACUAAUAGCAACCAAUAAUAACAACAACAAUAAUAAACAACAACGACAAGAUGGACACUGCAACAUUGAGGGAGCAGGUGAUGAUCAAUCAAUUUGUCCUGGCGGCAGGAUGCGCCCGCGACCAGGCCAAGCAGCUCCUGCAGGCGGCCCACUGGCAGUUCGAGACCGCUUUGAGCAUAUUCUUCCAAGAGGCAGCAAUUCCCAGUUCGGCGUCGCAUUUCGGACAGGUGAUGACGCCGUGUAAUACACCCGCAACCCCGCCGAAUUUCCCCGACACACUGCUGGCAUUUUCGAAAAUGUCCGCCGGAAACGGAAGCAGCCCGGCCACUCAGAAUGCGAGCGCGGGCGGAGGCGGCACGCGCCAAUCUCCUCAGCCGACACAGCAGCGAUAAAUCGCGAAAUCGCGUUUUGGUGGCGGCGGCGGAGGUCGAAGAGCAUGAGGAGUAUUUGUAUGUUGAGAAGUAGGGAGGAUGUGGAUGUAGAGGAGGCAGCGGGGGCACAGAAAACGACUAUGCGGAUGAUGUGAAGAAGAGAUCGACGAGCAAAAGUUCAAUUGCUGACUGUGAACUAUGAGACUAUAUACACACACACACACACAAACAUACAUCAAAUGGAUAAUAUAUUCAGUAAUCAAGUGCAUGACUUAGUUUUGUUAUAACAGUGUUUGUACCUAUAAUACCCAA